CAAACUGGGCGCUCGACGUGUGUAUGGCCUUUGGAUUAGAGCUGCAAAGAAAUCAAAGGGGAUCGUAAGGGCGACGCGUUGUUGUGCUUUCAUGUCCGUCUGUUUGUUUUUCCUGGAAAUUCUUAUGUGUUGUCGGCCCUGCUUUUCUCGCAGCCCCAGCGGGACGGGGGGAAGCGGGUGCACCUUUGCGCAGAGGCAGCCUCGGCGCCCGAGAGGCUCCUCUGGGUGCACAAAGGCAGCGGCUCGCAGUUGCAACUUCGCUCGGGAGGAGUGAACCGGCCGCACCGAACACGCUCCGGAUCUGCCAAAUCGGCUCGUCUAGCCCCCUCGAACACACCAGCCGGCAGCCCCCAUCCGGGAGAUACACGUGACGUGCACCGCCACCAUGCCACAUUGACCGUAUUUGCGGAAGACGAUCAUAGAGAGCGCCACGUCGUCAGGCCUUCCUCCUCAUCGCGGUGCCCUAUCAUCAUUGGUUCCAGAGUGUGGCGCUGCUCCAUUAGCAGGAAGUCCUGUCUGGAUGCUUCCUCCCAGCCACCGGAAAGCACCGUGAGAAGGUGGCGACUGCUUACUUCUCCAGUCCCUCCUGGGUGAGCGUACUGGCAGUGAACGUGGCGUCUCAGCACCAUGGUGAAGACAAAGUCAUCUGGGAGGAAGAGCUCUCACUCUGUUCGCCAAGAGCCGACGACGGCGGAAAGUCCACAUAGUCCAAACACCCAACACUCCCCGCCGUCGAACUGCUCCUCAGACCACCUCUGCUCUCCCGCUCCCACCGAGGCGCCAGCUAAAGAUCUCCAGGAAGCCCCAGUGGACGCCCAGGAAAAGGGCGACUGCUCUCCCCAAGCCAAGCCCCUGUGGCGACCCAUCCCCCCUCUGCUGCCAGAGCCUGACAGGGGGGCUGUCCCCGACACCCAGGACCAGAGCUGCCAGACCGAGGAGUGGCUGCACCAGACUACCGGUGGUGCUCAUAACACAGGUCACUGUGUGGAGCCCGGAGACCCUCCUGUACUCCAGCAGCCCCUGCACACCUCCAAAUCUGGAAUUCACCAGAUCAUUGAAUGCUUUCGUUCAGGCACCAGCCAGCUGAGGCACAUGCUGCUGAGGGAGGUGGACACCAUCUUUGAGUGUAAGGUGUGUCGAAGUCUCUUCCGAGGCCUGCCCAACCUCAUCACGCACAAAGAGUACUACUGCCUGUCACGGCUGCCCGAGUACGACGGCGAUGACCGACAGAGCAUAGCCCUUCAGGAUUUGACGGACAUCAUCUAUCACAGAGGGGACCGACCGGACUACGUGGUGCGACUGGAGCCCAUCCAGACCACCAGCAAGGCCGUGUACCAGUAUCUCACCACGGAGGAGGAGAUGGCUCGGUAUCCGUCACGAGCGCCCAGUGCCAGGGAUAGUCCGGUCGCAUGGGAAGGAGAGCCGAGGGAGGCUGAAAACAACCAGACAGGCCAGCCCCGUGGUCCGGAGAGCCCAGCGCACAGCCAGCACAGCCAGGGUCGGAAGAAGUGGGAUGCAGAAGAGCUGGAGGCUAAAGAAGAGGCACCACAGCCUGAGGACGAGGAAUCCACAAGUGGGGUGGAGGACGUGACGAUCUCGUGCUGUCUGUGCGGUCAGGACUUCAACUCGCGCCGCAGCAUCCGACGUCACUGUCGCAAAAUGCACAAGACCAAACUGGAGGAGCUCCGCAAGUACACCGAGACGCGGACGGUCCCGACCAGCCUGCUCUCCAUGGUGAAAGGUAGGCCACAGUCCCUGAACACACCACCCGGAAAGUCGUGCCCCGUGUGCCACAAAGUGUUUGCCACCAAAACCAACGUGCGGCGCCACUUCGAUGAGGUACACCGCGGCCUGCGGCGGGACGCCAUCACCCCCGCCAUUGCCUCGAGGCCCGGCCAGCCCCUGUCUCUUGAGGCCACCCCUCCCAGGAAGGGGAACAGCGCCUCGCCGCCGCGAGGCAGCGGCUCCAAGUCCGCCCCCGUCAACGCCAGAGCGGCGCUCCCCAACCAGAACCGCGCGAAGCCUCCGAGUCAAACUCCGGCCUCUCCGCAGGCGGCGACCCAGGCGCCGAGCCGCUGUACCCUGUGCAAGAGGAGCUACAGCUCCCAGCUCAUGUUAAAGAGACACAUGCGCAUCGUCCACAAGAUUUACAGCGUCAAAAGUAAUCGAUCGAUUACUACGUUAACCUCUCCGCAAACUCCACCGGCGACCUCCACCAACAGCAGCAGCAGCAGCAGAGUUCCACCGAGCGACAGUGUCCAAGUCAAAGAGGAAGCGGUUGAACCCUCAGAGGACGAGCAAGACAAGGGCAUGGACCUAAGUCCGCCCGCAUCUCCUGCUCACAGCACCGGGUCGACUAAAAGUGCCUCCGUUGCCCCCAGCGCCCUGAAAGUGAAGGAAGAGGAGACCCCGUGCAACCCAAGGGCGGCAGUCGGCGUGCUCGCCGUUAGUCAGGCGGCCAAAAGCAAACUGUCGGUGGGCUUCGACUUCAAGCAGCUCUUCUGCAAGCUGUGCAAGCGCCAGUUCAGCUCGCGUCAGAACCUGUCCAAGCACAUCGAGCUGCACAUGGACGGCAACGACAUCUUCAUCAAGUUCUACCGCUGCCCACUGUGCCGCUACGAGUCGCGCCGCAAGCGGGACGUCCUGCGCCACGUCACGGUGGUGCACAAGAAGUCGUCGCCCUACCUGGCCAAGAUUAUGCCCAAACUGGAGAGCCGGGCGGUGAAGAGGCUCGCCGAGGCCGUCCUCAACAACGCCAACCCCAAGAGAACGGGCGGCGGCAAGGGGGAAGUGAACGGGCGCCACCCGUCGACCGCGUCCUCGCCUUGUCCGUCGCCUCCCGUCACCCGCAAGCAAGACUGCGCCGCCGCGUCGGCGGCACCGGCACAGCCUCCCGCCUCCGCUCGGAAAACGCAGGAGCUGUCAUCUCAGACUCCCGCCCCCUCGCCGCCCGUCACACGGAAGCAAGAGAGGCAACAGGCCCACCAGCCUCGGCCCAUCAGCCCCCCGAUGACGCGGCGCAGCGACAAGCACUCGCACCAGCGCAACUCGUCCUCCGCUUUAGCGGCACACACCCGCCGUCACGACGCGCCGUCCGAGAGCAGCGGCUCCGGAUCGUCCUCCACCGAAGUGCGAGUGACCAAGAACUUCUCCCUGCACGCCUGCGACCAGUGUGGGCGGGCCUUUGCAAAGAAGUUGUACCUGGAGUCUCACAAGCGAAGUCACCGCAAUGCGGUGACGGCGGCGGCCAGCAGGAGAAAAGGCGUCAGCACGCGCUCCAAGUCGUUGGUGUGGUGAAGAACAACAACAAACGCAGUGUAAGAACUUUUCUCGGGACACUUUUGCCUGUACUCCUCCAAACCUUUCCUUUCUUCCCCACCGCUCCCCCUGGCCUGCCCCUAGCCAGCCACAUUCACCACACAAAAAGCGUGAGUGUGUACUUGAGUUCGUGGUUGAAGAGGUGCGUUUGUGUGCGUUUUUUGGGGGGGGGGGGGGUUUUGUCCUGUGAAGAGCUGAGACGAAACGUCUACCAGCUGUGUUUCCUUUUAUGUUGAUGUGAAAUCUCGCUCUUUGUUUAACGCCUCCUUUUUAUCAUCCUGCGUUCUUCUCCCUGGCUGGCACAGUCAACGGGGCACAACGGACACCUCAGAAAGUUGAUUUAAAAUGUGGAAAAGUGGACCAACAACAUCCAGAAGAGCCACAUUAUUAAAAAGAAAAAAAAAAAAAAAAAAAAAAAAACAAUUCGGUCUGUUUGACUGAUGUAAAUCCAGAGGAAAGCUGCAUGUAGUGCACAAACUGUCCAGAAGAUGGUGCUCCUAUCCAUGAAAACCGCCGGGCAAUGAAGAGGUUGAGCUGUGUACCCGCCCACCUGCUUAUUUUAGUGGACAAAGCACUAAUUCCAAACCCUGGUCAUAUUUCAUAAAUUAUAUAAAGAGUGUGUGUGUUAGACUUAAAGGGUCAGUGAAAGUCACAUUGUUUGAUAAUAACUUUUUAAUUGAGUUAGAAAUGAAAUGAUAAAUGUUAGUAUUACAGGGUAAAAGAAAAUCCCCCAAAGUGUGUUUUUGAGUUCUUGCCAAAUGACUGACAUAAUUUUUGUUUUGCGUUUUGAUUCCUGAAAUUUCUCCUUCACUUUUACGUGCACCCUGUUUUACUUAACUGUUUUAGUUAAAUGUAGCUUGACCUGAGUUUAUACUAGACUUUUGAACUGGACUCUUUCCAGAUUGAAAUGCACAGUCUGUGUGGAACAAUCUCAAGUCCUAAAUUUUUGUUCCAUGAAUUGCUGGGAUGGAGUUGCGCUUAAAGGGCAUCAAUAUGAUUUAGGUAGGUGGUCGGGUAGUCUGUGAAACACUGGCGAUAUGAAGACCAAAUGUAAAUAAUGUUCAAACAGAAAAGCCAUGAAAUGGAACAAAAGCUGUAAACUUUAUUUUUUACAUGAAAUGUGUGGAACGAGCCCGAUGUUAGGAGAGGGGAAAUUUAUAAAUUAUUCUUCCUACAUGGACGCUGUUAAUAUUAGUUGAAAUAGUCACCGUAGGUCGCAUUGACAAGUUUGAGCAUUUUAUUGAGCAUUUUAUUUUGCGAGUGUGUUAUGAGAGCGAAAACCUCAAGGUAUGGCAAUGACUAUUUUCUUUUUACGUAUUCAUCUUAAGUUGGAAAUCUUUCAAAUGUGACCAGAAUGUAUAAACCACACACAAAUAAACAUUAAAACUUCUAA